CCGUCGUGUGAUCGUGUGUUGUCGCAAGAACCAUCAUUUAAAGAAAAGUGCGUGCUGUUGAGAAUCAAUUGAUCCGGUAUCCAGAAACAGCAUUUCAUUAAGUGGAGCACUGCAAAUCUGGAACUGGAACUGAAAUUGGAGUUGCAGGGUAGCGGCUAGCGGAAAGGAAAUGAUCAACGUCUGGAUUACCAACUUUGGAUUACAGUGAAAUAAAAUUUCCAAUGAUCACCGCGCAAAAUGACUAAACGAAGAUUAUUAAAUCCGACACUCGUUGUCCUUGCCGUCUACUGGACAACGUCUAGCUCCAGUGCGUACAGGAAUGUGCAACCGGAAGCCAGUACCUUUCUUCGAGACAGCGUUGAAGCUGUCCCACCGCAUGUCUAUGAGAAAACCUCAGCCUACACCUUGGAGGAUGUUUUCGGUGCAAAGUCUCUACCGCUUAGAACCGCUGUCGAAAGCGCUCCCGUCAAUCUGGUCGAUGAACGUCGCCCUUUGCGAGAUGCCGUCGAAUUUCGCAUAGUGGACAUGGAUAAUGCAAUCGAAGAUGUGGUCAGUGAGGUGAAAUCCGUCGUAAUCUCGGCAAAACAGUCGGUUGAAUCAGCGGAAACGUUCGAUUACCAAGCUCCUCAAAUGCCAAUCUUCCGAAAUAAAUAUGCUGCCUACUCCUUCCCAAUGCAUUACGAUACGAAAAAUCCUCAGCCUUUCAGGUAUGGGUCACCGUAUCAACAGUUGGUGGAUAUCAAUACGUUGAAACAGGUUCCUACGGUUGAGUACAAUCAGUACAGUCAUUUGCAAAAGGUAGCGGACUUGAAACAAAACGAAAGCGACUACAAAGUUAUCUGUCAUAUGACCAACUGGGCUUUCUAUCGAAAGGAUGAUGCUCAAUUCGUCCCAGAGUACAUCGAUAACAAAUUGUGUACCCAUAUAAUCUACUCGUUUGCAACUUUGGAUCCAGCGACCUUGAUGAUGAAGGAGUUCGACUCGUGGGCUGAUUUCGAAAAUAACCUUUACAGCCGAACCAUAAGUGCUAGUGGAUCGGUUCCGGUUUUGUUGGGAAUCGGUGGUUGGACCGACUCAGUGGGAGACAAAUACUCUUCGAUGAUCGGUUCGCCAUCAAACCGAAGGAACUUCAUUAGAAAUGCCAUCGUUUUUCUCAAAACACAUGGAUUUUCGGGGUUACACUUUGAUUGGAACUAUCCAGUUUGCUGGCAGAGCGAUUGCUCCAAGGGACCUUCUAGUGAUAGGCCAAAUUUUACGAAAUUUAUUAUGGAAAUGCAACGUGAGUUUUCCAGGGAAACCCUCAUGGUCACAAUGAGUGUUUCUGGAUAUAAAGAAGUGAUUACGGAGGCAUACGAAAUAGCCCAGCUGUCCAACGUGGUUGAUUUCAUGACUGUAAUGGCCUACGACUAUCAUGGAUCAUGGGAAUCGCAAACAGGUCACGUUAGUCCUUUGUUCGGCAAUGCGGGAGACAAAUAUCCGCAGUACAACGUAGACUACGCUAUGCAGCUAUUGACGAAGAUGGGAGCUCGAAAGGACAAACUCAUAAUGGGAAUUCCAAUGUACGGUCAAACGUUUAUGCUGACUCGUAGUAGAGACAAAAACGAGGUCCCAGGAAUUGGAAGUCAAGCAUCUGGUCCAGGAGACGCAGGUGAAGACACCAGACAGCCGGGAAUGUUAGCAUACUAUGAAAUUUGUUACCGAGUUCGUAAACAGAAGUGGAUGGUAGGACGUGAUUCCUUGAUGGGACCGUAUGCCACUUGGAGAGAUCAAUGGGUGGGUUAUGAUGACCCAGUCUCCGCAACGGCUAAGGCCAAGUACGUUAUGAAGUCUGGGUUUGGAGGAAUGGCUGCAUGGACAAUCGAUUUGGAUGAUUUCCAGAACAAAUGUUGCGAGGAAAGGUACCCCGUGCUGAGCGCUAUUAAUCGCGCUCUAGGUCGAUUGAAGACACCUCAGCCAACGGUGGUUGACUGUACGCGUCCAGUACAGCCAAUGACUCCACCACCAGCUGUAAUGACUAUACCAGUAGAUAAUGGAGGCGCUCCUAUUGCUACCACUUCUGCCACUACAUGGCCAGCAUGGCAAGAACCUACAACCACCAAAAUGACUACAACAACAACACCGAGAACUACCACAACAACUACUGAGCGACCAACCACGACAACUCGUCGUACAACCCGGACAACGACAACCACUCGAAGACCUACCCCAAGACCUACAACGACGACGACAACUACCACAACCUAUGUUCCACCGACAACUACUGUCGGAACUACUAUCCCAGCGCCAGGACUUGUCCAACCAGAGCUAACGGAAGGUGAACUUUGUGAACCGAAUCAAUACAAAGCCCAUCCAUCCAGUUGUAAUUCGUACUACCGCUGCAUCUAUGGAGAGUUCAAACAACAGUUCUGCGCCGGAGGUCUCCAUUGGAACGAAGUCGCUAUGCUGUGCGAUUGGCCAGCAUCUGCAAAAUGUACGAAGGAUAAUGCUGCUCCUCCUCAGGCUGCCGCCAUACCACCAACAACCACCAUGGCUCCGGCUACCACGACACGAAGAAGAACUACCACCACACCGUACACCGCUGCUACUCGAUGGACUACGAAACCUACCACAACUACUCCUCCAAAGCCUACCCGACCUUCUAAGAAACCCGUAACAACUACCAAGAAACCUGUGCAGCGGCCAGUCGACAAGUGCAUAAACGGUGAAUAUUAUCCGCACAAGAGUUGCGACAGUUUCUACAUCUGUGUCAAUGAGAAGAAGAUUGCCCAACAGUGUGGGCCAGGGUUGUUCUGGAACGAGGACGACAAGAGUUGCGAUUGGGAGGACAACGUUAACUGUGUUAGUCGAGCGCAGUACUACAAACUGUUGACCAAAAACUCCAAACUGGCUGCUCUGAAGGUGCUUUCAGAGGACGAUCCAUGUGAAGGGCACACCCAUCUUCCAUAUCCAGGAGAUUGUUCGCAAUACCUUAUUUGCAAUUGGGGACGCCUGGAAGCGGCUAGCUGCGCCAAUGGGCUUCACUGGAAUCAGCGUAGUAUGAACUGUGACUGGCCAUCGAAUUCAAAAUGCACGCAGUCGGAGACUGCCGAAAACAGUUCAGAAGAAGGUGGUGAAUCGGUUUCCGAAGAAGGACAGGAUAUCGAUGGUCCUCAUCAUAAGCCCACUACUACGAGUACAACAACCACAACAACGACUACUACUACAACUCCAGUACCGAUGCUAGAACCGCUCUCCGGUUACUAUAAGAUGGUUUGUUACUUUACGAACUGGGCCUGGUACAGGAAGGGAUACGGUAAGUACACACCAGACCACAUCAGGACGGAUCUCUGUACGCACAUCGUGUACGGGUUUGCAGUACUUGAUUAUUCUACACUGACGAUCAAGACACAUGAUUCGUGGGCUGAUAUUGACAACAAGUUCUACUCGCGGGUAGUGGAAGCCAAGAACAAAGGAGUCAAGGUAACUCUGGCAAUCGGAGGAUGGAACGAUUCAGCUGGCGACAAAUACAGCCGCUUGGUGAGAAGCGCUGCAUCUAGGGCCAGGUUUAUUGAGCAUGUCGUAGGAUUUUUGGAAAAGUACGGCUUCGAUGGUUUGGAUCUUGAUUGGGAAUACCCGGUAUGCUGGCAAGUGGACUGUAAGAAAGGAUAUGCGGAUGAGAAGGAAGGCUUCUCAAGCUUGGUACGUGAGUUAUCGGAGGAAUUUAAGCCUCGAGGAUGGUUGCUGUCGGCUGCAGUAUCUCCCAGUAAGACAGUUAUCGAUGCUGGGUAUGAUGUUCCUAGUUUGGCUCGGUACUUCGAUUGGAUCGCAGUAAUGACAUACGACUUCCACGGGCAGUGGGACAAGAAGACCGGCCAUGUUGCUCCACUUUACUAUCACCCUGAGGAUGAGAUCGACUUUUUCAAUGCUAACUACUCUAUCAACUACUGGAUAGAGCUGGGUGCACCAUCGAGGAAGUUAGUCAUGGGAAUGCCUCUGUAUGGUCAGGCGUUUGCUCUUGCCGAUCAGAAAAAUAACGGACUGAACGCAAAGGCUCCUGGGCCUGGGCAAGCAGGAGAGUUCACUAGAGCUGCUGGAUUUUUAGCUUAUUAUGAGAUCUGCGACCGAAUCCAGAACAAGGGCUGGACAGUGGUUCAGGAUGAGCUGAAGCGAAUGGGUCCCUAUGCUUACAAGGGUAAUCAAUGGGUAUCCUUCGAUGACAAAGAAGCUCUGUUGAGAAAGGUACAGUUUAUCCGAGCUAUGAAUCUUGGAGGUGGCAUGAUUUGGGCUCUUGACCUUGAUGACUUCAAGAAUCGUUGCGGACAGGGACAUCAUCCUCUGUUGACAGCUAUUCGAGAAGGACUGAGGGAUGCUCCAAGUGGAGUGGAAGUUGUUCCACCAACGGUUCCCGAAUCAAAUAAGGAAGAAGAGAUUCAUGAAACAAUCGAUACCAACAGCGUUGAAACCCAUCAAGGCAAUGCGGCGUCAAGUGAAAAGCCACUCGUCAACAAGGUUACUUCCGAAGAAGACGAAAACGCCAUUGAGUCCGACGACGAUUACAAAGUCGUGUGCUACUUUACGAACUGGGCCUGGUACCGUCAGAAUAAUGGAAAGUAUCUACCGGAAGACAUUGAUCCCGAACUGUGUACUCACAUCGUGUACGGAUUUGCUGUGCUAGAUCGGGAUCGGCUGGUUAUAAAACCGCACGAUUCUUGGGCUGAUAUCGAUAAUCGAUUCUAUGAAAGAGUCGUUGAAUUUAAGAAGAAAGGUAAGAAGGUAACGGUCGCCAUAGGUGGAUGGAACGAUUCGGCAGGUGACAAAUAUAGUAGAUUGGUGCGUAGUGCCACUGCUAGACAAAAGUUCAUCGCGGACGUAGUUGCGUUCAUCGAAAAGUACGGUUUUGACGGGUUGGAUCUGGACUGGGAAUACCCCGUGUGUUGGCAGGUUGAUUGCAAAAAGGGAUUUUCUGAUGAGAAGGAAGGUUUUGCGAGCCUUGUCGUAGAAUUAUCCAAAGUGUUCAAGCCUAAAGGAUUGCUUCUGUCAUCAGCGGUGUCGCCGAGUAAGAAGGUUAUCGAUGAAGGAUACGACGUGGUGACUCUUUCAAGCUACAUGGAUUGGAUCGCGGUGAUGGCCUAUGAUUAUCACGGUCAGUGGGAUAAGAAAACUGGGCACGUGGCUCCAAUGUACGAACAUCCGGAUGAUUUUGACAAGACUUUCAAUGCAAACUUUACUAUUCAUUAUUGGAUAGAGAAGGGGGCCGAUCCGCGAAAGCUUGUCAUGGGAAUGCCAAUGUACGGUCAGUCAUUCUCGCUAGCCGAUAACAACGAGCAUGAUCUGAAUGCUAAGACGUAUGGUGGAGGUGAAGCAGGAGAUUCCACUCGUGCCAGAGGAUUCCUUUCUUACUAUGAGAUUUGCGCCAACAUCAGAAACAAGAAGUGGACAGUCGUACGUGACAGGAAGGGACGAAUGGGUCCCUAUGCAUACAAGGGCGACCAAUGGGUAUCGUUCGACGAUCAAUACAUGAUUCGACACAAAAGCGAGUUCGUGAAAGCAAUGGGACUGGGUGGUGCAAUGAUUUGGGCUCUUGAUCUUGACGAUUUCCGUAAUUUAUGUGAUUGUGAGGAAUACCCGCUGUUGAGGACAAUCAACAGAGUCUUGAGAAACUACCCAGGACCAGGACCAAGAUGUGUUUUAGAAAAAGAACCCCAUCGUGAAGAUACACGACCAACUCGCCCUCCUAUGAGUACCACUCAGGAAACUACCAGGCGACCAACCACCACCUCGACAACAAGAAGAACUACAAUGAGCACAACCACCACUUCCACUAGACGACCUACAACAACGACAAAACGAAGGACAUCCGCAAAGCCAACUUAUACUACUACUAGCACUCCUUCCUACCAGGAGAUUGCGAACGAAGUGAACGAGCAGAGCUGUACAGAUGGACGUCUUUUCGUGCCCCAUCCCACGAACUGUAAUAAGUACUACAUUUGCCAGUAUGGAAAGUUGUACGAGCAAAAAUGCCCUGCUGGUUUGUACUGGAGCGAUGAUCACUGCGAUUGGCCGCAAAGUACCAACUGCCACAAUAAGCAAACAGAUACCCCAACAACUACGAAAAAGCCUAGCUAUUCAACAACGCAGCGAACUACAAGGACUACGCGUCCACCGAAGCGAACAACCAUGAAGAGUACUACCGCAUCGUGGUCACCGGAGUCAUCUACGACAGGUUGGUGGUCACCUGAUACGUCUAGUAUGGUGUGGUGGUCUCCGGAUACAACAUCAAAGAGACCAACAGCACCACCCGUACAAGAUCCUGACGUCCAAACAACCGGCAAUAAUGACUUCAAAGUUGUCUGUUACUUCACUAACUGGGCAUGGUAUCGACAGGGCGAUGGAAAGUAUACCCCGGACGACGUCGAUCACAAUCUAUGUACCCAUAUUGUUUACGGGUUCGCUGUGCUGGAUCGUGAAUCACUUACAAUCAAGACACAUGACUCGUGGGCGGACAUAGACAACAGAUUCUAUGAGCGGGUGGUAGAGCAUAAACGUAGAGGUACCAAGGUGACGUUGGCCCUUGGCGGAUGGAACGACUCUUUAGGGGACAAGUACAGCAAGCUAGUUCGUAGUGCUUCUUCAAGGCGCCAAUUCGUUAAACACGCCGUAGAAUUCAUCGAGAAAUACAACUUUGACGGCUUGGACCUGGAUUGGGAAUAUCCCGUAUGCUGGCAAGUGGACUGCAAGAAAGGCUUCCCAGAUGAGAAGGAAGGUUUUGCGGAACUUGUGAAAGAACUCGCUGUUGAGUUCCGUCCACGGAAAUGGCUUCUGUCAGCAGCAGUGUCUCCCAGUAAGAUGGUUAUCGACGCAGGCUAUGAUGUCCCCGUUUUGGCAGAAUACUUUGACUGGAUUGCAGUAAUGACGUACGAUUUCCACGGACAUUGGGAUAAGCAGACUGGUCACGUGGCACCACUUUAUUACUACCCUGGAGACACGUACGACUAUUUUAACGCAAAUUUCUCCAUCAACUAUUGGAUAGAGAAGGGAGCUCCAUCAAGUAAGCUAGUCAUGGGGAUGCCUUUAUAUGGCCAAUCAUUCUCAGUGGCUGAUACGGGCAAGAAUGGCCUAAACGAAAAGUCGAAUGGACCAGGCGAGGCAGGGCAGUUCACUCGUGCCGGUGGAUUCCUGGCGUUCUACGAGAUUUGCGAAAAAGUAAACCAGAACGGAUGGACUGUGCAUCGAGACCCGGAGGGAAGAAUCGGACCGUAUGCACACCGUGGUAACCAGUGGGUAUCGUACGACGAUGUUGAGGAGAUUCGGCGAAAGACGCAAUUCGUGAAGCAGAUGAAACUUGGCGGUGGUAUGAUAUGGGCGUUGGAUCUGGAUGACUUCAGGGGACGCUGUGGGUGCGGUCGACAUCCUCUGCUGAAGACAAUGAAUCAAGAACUGGGACGGAUUACUACUAAGCGGCCGGAGAAUUGUACUUAACAGCAAGAUGUUGUUUAUUGUUUAAGGUUUGAUGCAUCCAUGUGGAGGAACCGGAUAGAGUGAAUUGAUGUAAGGAAAGAACUGAUAAUAAAAGUAAAAAAAUA